AUGGGUUCUGCACCAAAAUUGAUCAUUACUGAUCAGGAUUUGGGAAUGAAGGUUGUUGUGGAAAGAGUCCUUGUUGAUACAAGACAACGAUGGUGGAUGUGGCACAUCAUGUUUAAGGUUGUGGAAAAGUUACCAAAGAAUCUACUUGGCAAUGAAGACUUGAAAAAGAAGUUAAACAAUUGUGUGUGGUCUGAGUUGAUAGAGCCUGAAGAAUUUGAUGAAGAAUGGAAUAAAGUAAUGGAAAAAUAUGGGCUUAAGGACAAUGAGUGGUUUUCCUCGAUGUUUGCCUCACGAAAAUUUUGGGUGCCUGCAUUCUUUAGGGAUUUUCCAAUGAGUUCACUAAUAAAGACCACAUCAAUAUCUGAAUCUCAGAACAUAUUCUUCAAGAGGUACUCCAAGUCUCGUUCUAAUCUUGUUGAAUUUCUUAUGAAUUACAACAAUGCAUUGGAUGGCCAAAGGAGCAACAACAAUAGGCUAGAAUACUUGGAUUUUAACACAAUUCCAACUUUGAAAACAAAUUCAGCCCUCGAGAAGCAUGCUUCGACAAUAUAUAGUGAUAGUGGUUUCAAACUAAUUCAAAGCGAGAUUGAGGAAGCAGUUGAGAAUGUCACUAUGGUGAUAGUGUCGAUCUUUGGUGAGAAUGAGAUUUACGCAGUCAACGACAAGUUCUCGAAGAACUGGACUGUGUCAUACUCCACAUCUUUUGAUUCAUAUGCUUGUAGUUGUAAGAUGUUUGGGAGGAUUGGGCUUGCUGUGCAUUGUGGGUUUGAUGAUGAUAUUGAAACAUUUAUUGUUGUGGAUGAGACGAAGCAGGAGUAUAGGGAUAUGCAUGGAGAUUUUUAUGGUAUUGCACGGCUUUUUGAAGGAGAUGGUGAUAAAAUUUGA